AUGAGCUUUGGGUCAGAAUUAAGAGAUCAGGUUGCAACGGUCAACCAGUUCGUUUCCAAUGGAAUUCAAUUUUUGAACGAGGUUCGCGAUUUCGUAAAAGAACGAGCUCAAAUAGAAAAAGAAUAUGCGAGUAAGAUCGAUGCGCUCGCCAAAAAACAUUUGUCGAAGAGGGAUAAAAAAGAAGUCACCAUGUCUGUUGGAGAAAUCGCGAAUACUUUGAGUGAAAAAGAAUUUUAUAGUGCCAAGUCGGAACCUAGCACGUUCAUAAAAGCAUGGACAGCUAUCCUGGUGGAAACCGAGAACUUGGCUAAAGAGAGGAACAAGUUUUCUGAAUCGGUAUUAACGGGCGUAACGGAACAAGUCAAAACGGUGGCCAGCAAGAAGGAGGAUAUAAGAAAAAAGCACAUGUCGUUUUACCAACAGCUGACUUCUGAUAAAGAGAAAAUAUAUUCAGAAGUGCAAAAAGCGAAAUCACGUUACGACGAGAGUUGCUUGGAAGCUCAGUCUUCUCAUCAAAAGCAAGAAAGGGCACCGGAUGAAAAGUUACUAGACAAAUUGCGCAAACAAGCCUCGGACAGUAAUAUCGAGAUGAACAACAACAAACAAUUACAACAGCUCAACGAAAGCAAAACAAUUGCUUUACGGAAUAUAUGGAGUGGAUACGUAGACCUUGAGCUGUCCAGCUUGAAUGAAUCUAAAUCACAUCUCGAGUUGGCACUUAAAGUCAUUGAAGAUAUUGAUACCCGUGCCGAUUCACAAUUGUUCAUAAAGUAUAACAAAAAAAAAUGGGAAGAACCCCCGGAUUUUGAAUUCAAGCCUUCACCUACAUUCCAGGACAACGAUGAGAUGGCGGAUGAUGAAAAUUCACGUGUUUUUCUUAGUAACAAACUUUUAAAGUCCAAACAAAAAUUAUCUGAAUUAAUCUCGGAGGUUGAACCCAAAAAAAAGGAAAUCGAAGGACUGGAGUCUCUAAAACACGCUUACGAAGACAAUAUCAAACUCGGAGACCCCGACGUUGUCACUGAUAAAUUACAUGAUGUGAUUCACAAGGUCAUUAUUUUAGAAAAUUCUCUAACUUCUUAUCAGACGGAGAUAGACACCAUCGUAGGCAUUAUUGGAGAUGGUGAAAGCGAGCAUAAAAUGCAUGAUUUUAAGAAUGCCGCAUUUACCAUUCCUACCACGUGUGAUUUAUGUCAGAGCACUAUCUGGGGUAUAGCGAAACAGGGUUUUAAUUGCAAGGACUGUGGCUAUAAUUGUCACGCUAAAUGUGAGAUGAAAGUUCCCCCAAAUUGUACGAAGAAGAAAGGUUCGAUCAAGCGUGGUACUAUUUAUGAUGUUACUGAUCAAAUCUCACCUGGGGGAACGCGUUCUGGAACAAAUAGUUAUAAAAAUGGUGGAUCACGAUCACCUACAGUCUAUUCGUCGUCUACAAAUGAGAAGGAAGAUGUGGAAACAUGGUCAGCAACGGUAUUGUAUGAUUACGAUGCCGAUGGCUCUACCGAAUUAAGCGUUUCAUCCGGCGAUAUCAUUACAGUAAUAAAGCAAGACGAUGGAUCCGGUUGGGUCAUGGCAACUCAUAAUGGAAAAUCUGGUUUUGUCCCUGCUUCUUAUAUUGAAUACGGUGACUAUGUGUUAUAUGAUUACAAAGCCCGAUCUCCCGAGGAACUCACAAUAAAAGAAGGAGACGUGAUAGAUGUUACGAAUCGUGAUGUUGGUGGUGGAUGGUGGGAAGGAACCCUAAAUGGUAAGCAAGGACAAUUUCCGGCCAACUAUGUGACCGCACUGGAAUGA